AUGAUGGACUCAGAGUUGGCCGCGGAAACCUUCAACAGUGGCCCUUCUGCAGGAAUUCUCUCCUCAAGCGGAUCCGUCGCAUUCGACAUGGAGACGCUGCUCUUGAGCUUCCCCAACCUCUGGGCAUUCCAGAACAACGAGGCGGCCCUCACGUGGUACCAAGCCCUCAAUAUCCCUGCCAACUCGCCACCGCUGGGCCCAAACAUCCGUAGGUUGGUCCUGUCAUCACACCAACCCAGACAGCUGGAAUACAUCACCCGCAUGCUGCGCGAGUUUCCCAACCUCGAGUGGUUCUACUUUGACCGGAAGCCCCCGCGUGAGAUACUGACGCAGUGGCAGCCAGACGACGAGUUUUCGAACGCAGACGUGUUCGGUGCCCUACAUGACAGCCUGCGCGUCCUGAGGUACACCGGUACCGUGGUCACACAGCAUGUCAACGGCGGCCCAGGCAACCGCCCCUGGGUCGCAAUCGAUUCCUUUUCAGAGUCACACCUGUCCGAUGUGCCCCGGUUUCGGGGCUUCCGCAGGCUCGAGCGCCUGUCCGUUGACCAGGUGCUCCUGGGCCGCAUGGCAACACUUACGGAUUACAAGGACUGGCCCGUCGGCCCACAUUUUCCGGACCUGGACUGGAGGCUGCCCGAGUCCCUCCACAGGCUCACGAUCAGGUACGUACAUGACUGGCCGACGCUCGCGGGGCAGCUUGUCCCUCUCGCCAUCGCAAAGCGCGCUGGGGGCCAGUUUCCGAUGCUCAAGGAUAUCUUCGUCGUCAUCGUGGAUAGCACCACCGUUGAGAGCACUGGCACCUGGCCGCUUGAGAUCCCGCUGCGUGGCAGCUACGAGCCGGUGAUCGUAUCAACAGGUCUCCUCUUGAGGGAGGCCGGCAUCAAGCUCUCGGUCAGCACCGAGCAGAUAGGGCCCGAUGUCCUGGACGAGUUUGACGAAGACCCUGCGGAUUUGGGAACUCCCAUCGAGAUCGUCUGCUUCCAGUCUGAAUUUUAA